GAUUACCUGUUGAGAAGAUAGAUUGUUGUCCUAACAGAUGUUUGAUAUAUUGGGGGAAUAAUGCGAAUGCAACUUGCUGUUACAUUUGUGAAACUUCUAGAUGGAGAAGAAACAGUAAGGGUGAUAAGGUUUCGCGGAAACAAUUUCAUUAUUUUCCCCUAAGGCCCAGAUUACAAAGAUUGUAUGCUUCAGAGGCAACAGCUAAGCAUAUGAGAUGGCAUGCAGAACACCGCACUAAGGAUGGAGAGAUGAUACAUCCGUCCGAUGCUGAAGCGUGGUUGACAUUUAACGACAUUCAUCCAGACUUUGCAUUGGAGACUCGAAACGUGCGGCUUGGUCUGUGUACAGAUGGUUUUAACCCAUUUGGAAGUUCGGGUCAACAGUAUUCAUUGUGGCCUGUCAUUUUAACACCAUACAAUCUUCCGCCAUGGAUGUGCAUGAAGAAGCCGUAUAUGUUCUUGACCGUGAUUGUCCCUGGGCCGAGUAAUCCAAAGCAUAACAUUGACUUAUAUCUUCAACCACUAAUACGAGAGUUGAAUAUGUUGUGGGAGGAGGGUAUUUGUACAUUUGAUGUGUCAAGAAGGGAGAAUUUCCAAUUACGAGCAGCUUUAAUGUGGACGAUCAAUGACUUUCCGGCUUAUUCGAUGUUGUCCGGGUGGAGUACUGCGGGCCGAUAUGCUUGCCCUUACUGCAUGGAUGAUUCCCAAGCUUUCUACCUUACGCAUAGCAAGAAGGUGUGUUGGUUUGACUGUCAUAGAAGGUUUUUAGAUAAAAGUCAUCCCCAUAGGAGAAAUAGAACAAAUUUCAGAGCAGGCAUUGUUGAGAAGAGAGACCCACCUAUCAUUCGGACAGGACUUGAAUUGCUUGAUGAAUUGGACCAGUUUGGUUUUUUGAAAGUCAAUGAAGAAAAUGCACCGGAGCAUAAUAAAGAGGUUAGUAAAUACUCUGCUGGAUGGAAGAAGAGGAGCAUAUUCUGGGAUUUGCCAUAGUGGAAAACUAACACGAUUCGCCAUAAUUUGGAUGUUAUGCACAUAGAAAAAAAUGUUUUUGAUAACAUUUUCAACACUUUGUUGUGUGUGCCAAGUAAAACAAAGGAUCACAUCAAGGGUAGACACGAUCUGCGUGAACUUGGUAUACGUUCAGAAUUGCAUCCUAUAGGUACGUCUAUUUCUAAGGCUUCCUAUACAUUAAAUGAACAACAAAUACGUGCCUUGCUUCAAUGGUUGAAGAGCAUUAGAUUUCCCGAUGGUUAUGUCUCCAAUAUGGCAAGGAAUAUUGACAUGGCCAAGCAUCAAUUGUUUGGCAUGAAAAGUCACGAUUGUCAUGUUUUCAUGCAACGUUUAAUUCCAAUUGCAUUCAGAGAAUUGCUAACGGUGAAGGUUUGGGAAGCGCUUACGGAGUUGAGCUUAUAUUUUAGAAGUUUGACUACCACAAAGCUAUGUGUGGAGGAUUUGAGGAAAAUGGAAGCAGAUAUUCCGGUUAUCAUCUGCAAACUAGAGACUAUCUUUCCGCCCACAUUCUUUGAUAGCAUGGAACACCUUUCGAUUCAUUUGGCAUAUGAGGCUAGAAUUGCAGGACCGGUCCAAUACAGAUGGAUGUAUCCAUUUGAGAGGUAUAUAAAUCAUAUGUAAUUAAUUUUUUCAUUAUUCUACCGGUGAACUAAUUUUUCCGUACAGUUACCUUAGACAUCUGAAACUGAAUGUGAGAAAUAAAGCUCAUGUUGAAGCGUCGAUAUGCAACGCAUAUUUAACCGAGGAAGCAUCGCAUUUUGUUUCCCAUUAUUUUGAGCCACAUGUGCGAUGCAAGGUCAGAGACCUUCCUAGGAACGACGAUGGAAGUUACAACAAUAUUGUAACUGGUGUAUUCACAAUCUUCAGUCAUCCAAUAAGAUUUCAUGGAAAAGGAGUAGCAUAUAUUUUGGAUGAAAGAGAUUACGAGAUUGCACAUAGAUACGUGCUCAUGAACUGUCUAGAGGUGGAUGUAUUUGUAUCUGAGUUUAAAAGUUCAAUUCAAAGACAUCAACCGAAUUGGUCAAGUCAGAGGAUUGAAGCGUUUGUGCAAGAGAAUUUCACUAAUGCCUUCAGAACUGCAGCAGGACAAGGAUCAUUCGAUAACCGAGUGAACAGUGACAUUUUGAAGCAGAUUGCUGAAGGACCACUAAAACAUGCUCAGAGUUACAAUGUAUGUUACACAAACGGAUAUAGAUUCCAUACCGUACGUCAUGCAUCAAAUAAUUCAGCAGACAAUAGUGGAGUAUGCGUUAAAGCUGGUGACAACAGUCGUGACGAAGAAGAUUUUUACGGGCAAUUGCUUGAAAUCGUAGAGGUUGAGUACCCGGGGAUACCUAUCAAAAGAGUAACGUUGUUCAAAUGUCAUUGGUAUGACCCAACUACUACUGGGAAUAGCCGCGGAACAAAUAUUCAUAAACGAUAUAAGUUAGUUGACAUACAUCAAGGUCGCUCGUAUCGUUUAUAUGAUCCGUUUGUGUUGGCAAGUCAAGCAUGUCAAGUGUAUUAUCUUCCAUAUCCGAGUACAAGACAAAAUUUAAAAGAUUGGAGAGCGGUUUAUAAAGUCAAACAGAAUAAAUUUGACAAAGAAGUAGAACAGGAAUCCAAAAAUGCUGCUUUCCAAGAAGAAAAUAGGGACCGUAUUGAAAUUGAAGAAGAUGUUUCCCAAACACCGCUUCUUGAUCCAUCUGGCGAAUUUGUUCAACAGGUGCAUGAUAAUGAUGAAGAUACUGAAGAAGAUGUGGAUCUUGUAUUGUCAGAAGACGAACAAUCCGAAGAUGAAGAUGUUGAAAACGACGACUAUUUUAGUGAUGAAGAUUAA